AAGAGCCUCCUGGGAGGAGCUUUUGACAGACAGGCAGGCAGGCACAUUUUGUACCUCCCGGCCUUUUGUGCCUUCUCAACUUCUGAGCAGGCCCCUUCAUGCAGUUAAAGAGGCAUUACAGGAAGCUGUCAGAUCGCUCCCGUUCUCCCAGUUAACAUAUUAAGCUAAUUUCCUGACUUUCUGGCAUAACCUUUUUUCCUAAAGGAUUUAACAAGCAAAUAGGAAGAACUGAACUUGUUCAACUCCACAAGUGCCCUGCCUCAGCUUUGAAACUUCAGUUGCUUUCAUCAAGUUUCCAUGGAUUCAGUGGAAUCUGACGGGAAAACAGUGUCCAGCCGGUAAAGCACAGAAGUGUGACGUUUUAUAUAAAAAGAAGACUGAGCUGCGGGAGCAUAGCAGCGAAUCUGAUGCCUCGUUUCCACUGUUGUAGCUGAUCCAUAUCUGAGGUGUAAACGUCUGUGCAUUUGGUCCGCCUGACCCAUUUGUGUACUGCACACAGUUGCUAUGGAAAGACAUCUGAAUCUGCCGUGUGCAUCUCUGGGUUCUGUGGGACAGGAGUCUGGAUGCUCUUCUGAAAUAUCUUCAGGCACUUCUCAUUCACAGCUUUCAAGGGAAGGGACAUUCUGUUCAUCUCUUGAUGACCCAGAUUCUCCAACUGCUGUGGAGAAGAAAGUCUGCCUUGUAACAAAAUCUUCAGAUAAUUUAUGUUUGUUGGAUGGGCACAAUAACUCUGUUUGUCCAUGUGGUGUAUUAGCCACAAAUGAAGAAUCAUUAUUGCCAUUUGAAGUAUCAUCAAAAAGCUUAGUUUCACCGAGUGUGGAUGUAACGGCACAUUGUGUGAGUGAGAUUCCUUCACAUAAUGUUGUUCUGCACUCUGAAACAGAAGAGGAUAUUCAUGUCAAUGAUAUAUCACUAGAUAACACCAUUUUGCCAGGUCAGGGUGUGGGUAGAGUCAAUUUGAUUGAUUCAGAUUCAAAAAACAACCUAUCGCCGUCUAAUGGAGACCAUCCCAUAGUUGAAGAUUCAAAUAAAUGUGUUCUUCCAGUUGUUUGUGAAAAAAAAAUCUUCCCAUCAGAAGACUGUAUGGUUGAAUCCCUCCCACUGGAAGGGAUAGAGAAGGCAGCUUUUCCAUUUGAUAUAUCUUCAGAUAGCAUAGUCUGCCCAGCAAAGCAGGAAACAACAGCUUCUUUAAUAGAUGUUCCUUUAGGAAGCUCCCAUUUACCAGCUGAAUUAUCUCAGCCUUCAAAUAGUGAAAUAAUAGUCUAUCCAUGUCAGGCUCUUUCUGAUAAUUUUCUUUUGCUGCCUGAAACCAAGAAGACAAAAAGCCCAAGCAAUUUAUCCCCAGAAAGCUCUCUCUCUGUUGUGACAAGUGAGAAAACUGUUUUUACCCCUGAAAUAACUCCACAAAUUUCAUCCUUAACAAAUGAGGAUUUGAAAAUAGCUUUCCUGACUGAGCCUUCUAUAGAUAGCAUUAUUUCACCUGCUGAGACCGACUGUACAGUGAACUCAUUAUCAGAUACAUUUGAUCAGUCUAAUGGCUGUCCAGAUGGAGUGCUUUCUCUUGGCACUUCUGCAAACAACCUCUCUUCUCUGACAUGCAUAGAAGAAGCAAACUGUUCAACCCGUUCAUUUAAUUAUAUGAAGGAUCAAUCAAUUCAAUUUCUGAAUGAACAACCGGAAAGUAAUAACCCUUUACCAACUGACACUGUGCAUAACAGUCAGCCAUCUAAGUCAUCUUUAGACAGUAUCCAUUCACCGCUUCAGAAUACCUGUACAACUAAUCUGUCUUCAGAUAAAUUGCUUCUGACAUCUAAUUGUGAAGACAAUAUUAAAGAGUUUGAUCUUCCUUCCGAUAAGUUAUCUCCUUGGGCCAAUACUGAAGAGAUAAAUUCUAAUACUAACCUGUUUUCAGAUAACCCUUCUUUGCUAGACACAAGUGGAGAAACUGCUGGCCCAUCUGAAUCAUUCCAAGGUAAUACCUCUUUACCGACUGACUGUCACUCUGACAAAGGUACCUGCCUUUCAGAAGCGGAUGGAACUAGUGCCCAAAAGGUAUUAACAGAUAUAUUUCCUUUGUCUGAUUUUUGUGAAAAAGAAGUCCAGACAUUUAAAAAUCUAUCACAUAAUUUCUCAAAAAAAAUUGUGGAAACUAUCUGUUCAAAUGACAAACCAUUAGAUAAUACAGCUUUUUCAGAUGGGGUGGUAAAUAGCGUUAAUCUGAUUGAUGCCUCAUCAGCAAAUAUCCUCACACCGGUGGAUGCAGUCUCUCCAUUUAGUGUACUUUUGGGUAAAUUUCCUCUACCAGCUGAUUGUGAAAGAAACAACUAUCCUGAGACCGAGACAAAGAGUUGUACCAAAAAAAUUUCUGAUGGUAUUCAUUUGCUAGAGAGCAAGGAGCAGACAGCCUGUCCAGCUAAAGAGCCUCCAGAUAACACUCCUUUGACUGGUCAGAACUUGAACGGGAAAAGUUUAACUGAAGCCUCAUCUGAAAAUAUUCUUUUACAGGCCGAAGCAUCUUUUCCAAUAAAUACAUUUUCAGAUAAAGUGCAAACCGAAUGUGACAAAAAAACCUUGGAGUCUGAGGGUUAUGCUGACAAAUCUCCUUCAGUGGCUGAGGCUGACAUACCAGAGUCCAUUAAGGUAUCACCAGAGAAAGCCAAGACUGUUGUCAGUUCAUCUGAACCAAUUCCAGAUAUAUUUUCUUCCUCCAAUGACACUAAGGCAAACUGCUGUCUGACUGAGGUACAAACAGAUAAUAUAUUUAAAUUGGCUGAGUUGUCUUCAGAUAAUAUAACAACUGGCGUCCUACGUGAAGUCAAACCCUCAUUAAAUAACAUUCCUUUACAAUUUGUGGUGGAAAAUCCAAAUAGUGCAACUGAUACAUCUUCAAAUGAUGUUAAUUUCUCAGAGAAAACUGAGGGAAGCAUUUCUCCAUGUAAAACAUCUCAAAGCAAUCCUUCAUUAUCAAAUGUUAAUGAGAAAAAUGUUUGUCUGAUGGAAUCAUUUUCAGAGAAUAUUUCACAAAUUCAGCCAACCUGUCCAGUGGAGGCAUUUACACUUCCUUCUUGUGAAGAAAUAAACUCUCCAGUUGCAAUACCCAUAGAGAGCUUUCCAUCACAGACUUGGGCUGAAAAGAAAAUUGAUUCACUUAUUUUAUCUUUAGAUACAUUUUCCUGGCUAGGGAAAGGUGAGAAUACUUACUCUUCAACUGAAGCAACUCCAAAUAAAUUUGCUUUACAAGAUGGAUAUAAGGUGCACAGUUUCCCAACUGUAUUAUCUUCAGAAAAUGCAUUUUCACUCUCUGAAAGUCUAAACCAACACCCUAUAAGUAACAUCCCUUUACAAUAUUUGACUGAGAACUCUUCAACUAAUAGAUCUACAAAUAAUUUCAAUUUCUCAGAACAAAAUGAGAAAGUGAUCUCUCGGCCUAAAGCAUCUUCAGAAAAUGUUGCAUUGAUAGAUGCAGAUGAGAAGAGAGUUUGUUUGAUUGAAUCAUUUACAGGUGGUCGACUUUCACAAACUGAGACUUGCCCAGUUAAGGACUAUACAAAUCCACCGCCCCCUUCUUGUGAAGAAACAGACAGUUUGUUAAAGGUUCCCAUAGAUGACUUUUCUUCACAAGCUUGGACAGAGGAGAAAAAUGACACUCUCUAUGUAUUGUCUGAUAAUUUUCCAUGGCAGGAAAAAAGUGACACUGUUGACUCUUCAACUGAAGCAAUGGCAGAUCAAUUUCUUUUUCCAUUUUACAAUGAGACAGACUCUUGCUCCAAUAUGUUAUCUUCAGAGGACAUAUUUUUACCAACUGUAGUUGCGAGUACAAUCCAACACUGUUUGGAUAGUGUCCCUGAACAAUUUUUGGAGGAAAAAGAAGAUUCUUCAACUGGUAAAUUUUCAGAUCACCUUCAUUUUUCUAAAGGAAGUGAGAAAGCGAUUGCUCAGCCAGUAGCAUCUCAAGACAAUUCUUCAUUAUCCAAAGGGGAUGAAAAUAGCAUGUGCUUGAUUGAAUUGUUUUCAGAUAGUCUGCUUUCCCAAACUAUGGAAUUAUGGCAUUCAUCUUGUGAGGUUCCUGAAGACAGCUUUCCAUCACACACUUGGACUGAGGACAACAAUUAUUUCUGCAAGCUAUCUCCAGGUGUCUUUCCAUGUUUGGAGGAAGGUAUGGUUAAUGUUUCGUCAAUUGGAUCAGCUCCAGACAAACUGCCAUUCACAGAUGGCAUUAAGACAAAGUGUUGCUGCACUGAGCUUCCUUCAGAUAAUACACUUUCACCAAAUGAGGCUGUAAGUACAUUUGAACCAUCUGUAGAUAACAUCCCUUUACAGUUUUUGGUUGAAAACCCUUCAAUUGGUAGACCUUCAAAGAACUUUAAUUUCUCAGAGGAAAGUGAAAAAGCAAUCUCUCAACCGGAAGUGUCUCAAGACAAUGAUUCAUUAUCAGUUUUUAAUAACAGAGUUUGCUUGACUAAAUCAGUUCCUGAUAAUAUUCUUUCACCUGAGACAGGUUGUCCAAUUAUGGCAUUUACAGAUGCACCUGAUUCUUGUGAAGAAAGACACUCACCAAUUGAGGUGCCUUUGGAGAAGUUAACUUUGCAUCCUUUCACUGAUGGGUUAAAUUAUUCAGAUAACAUACAAUCCAGUAGCCAGCCUUUGACAGAAACAGAUAUAAAGACUGUCUGUUUAUCUGAGGCUAUUCAAGAUAAAGCUUUUGUAACAGACCAGAAUGAGAAGGUCUGCUUGACUGAAUUAGUUACAGAGAACCUACUUUCUUCAGUGGAGUCAGUGGAGCAACUGUCUGUUACAUGCCCUUUAACAAGUGACAAUGAUGAAGACAGUGCUGCAUCUGAGAUUUAUACAGACUGCUUCUUUUCAUUUGAUGAAAAUGAGGAUACAAUUUGUUCAAACAAAGUGUCUUCAGAUAUCUUUUCUUCACUAGUAAAGGGUGAGGAAACUGUCUAUAGAACUGAAUCAGAGCAAAACAAAAAUUCUCUAGAAGGUGAAGCUGCAGAAAAUGUUGGCUUGACGGAAUCAGCUACAGAUAACACUCUCUUUCCAAGUGCUUUGAAUCUGUUGAGUAAUUCUACAGAAAAUGGUUCACUGUUCGAGGUUUCUGCAAACAACUUGAAUUCCUGUGCUGGAACUGAUGAGACAAACAGUUCAGUUAAAAUAUCUUCUGACAACUUUCCUUUGCUUGGAGAAGACAAGGAAACUGUUAAUUCAACAGAAAUAUAUACAGACAACUGGAGUUUGAGAGAUGAUUGUCUGAUGACACUUUCUUCAGGCGAUUGCUGUCCACCCACCAUGACAGAAGAUAUAAUCACAGAAUUAUCCCUUUUAACGAUUUGCACAGAGAAGGAAAACUCCUUAAAUGAAAUGUAUCCAAAUAGUUUUGUUUUGCUAGAGGAAAAUGGAUGUGCAGUUACUCCAGCAGAACCUUCACUUACCACUUCUUCACUUACCACUUUAUCAGGAGAGGAUGAAGAAAAAACUCAUCUGGGUGAGCUUUCUUUACAAGAAAAAGCAGAAAGUUUGGUCAAUGUUUUUCACGAUGUCAUUCCACUACAGACCUUUUGUAAAGAAACAAUGUCUUCUUUUUACUUACCUUUAGAAAAUCAGUCAGUUGAAGCAACAGAAGCAGUAAAUCUGUCAAAUGACUCUUCAAACAUUGUCCAUGCAAAUAAUGAAACAGCACAUCUAUGUGAAAUAACCACAGAAAUUGAUUUUUUGCCUGCUUCAAACAUAACAUUGGGCACUUCACCUGAUAUCUCUUGUAAUGUUCCUCAGGAAAUUAUUGGUAAAGAGCUGGAUGGUCAAGAUAUAACCCAUCCAGAAAAAGUUCAAUUUUCAGGAACCAAUGUGAAAAUACCUUGUUCAUUAGAAGACACUUUUGAAAAUGUGCCUCUGCUGACUUAUCCAAAUGCCCUUUGUUUACCGCUUGGCACUAAAGAACUUGCUCAUAUCAGUCCGUUUACAGUGCCUUUAUCAGAUGCAUGUGAAGAUUCUGAAUCUCACACUAACGUGAGCUUUGCCAGCUCAAGUAACAAUAACGAGAGUUCACCAUCUUCUUUCUGCUCUCCAAUUAAAACUAAAGAAUCCACAGACUUUGAUGACAUUUCUUUUGCUGUACAGGAUUUCAUUCCAGUCACUGAUAUAUUUUCACCAGAAACGCAUGAUAAACCAUCUAGUCCUCUUGAACCUACAUUCAACAUCUCUGCACUACCUGCUGAUGAGGAUUCUACAGGUCAGACUGUUAGUUCAUUUUUAGAUACAGAAGAAGAAUCUGAAUGUGUAACUGAAGCUACUCCAGAUGGGUCUGCAUCCUCUAAGGAUAUUUCUGUGAUUUCUGAGGAAGAAAACAUCUGUUUAACUGACAAAUCACCAGUUGCUUUCUCUUUGACAUCAUUUGAUGAACAGUUUAAAACUGUAAUAGAGUCAGCUACAGAAGCCAUUAAGUCACUAAAUUUGACUUCUGAUCUCAUCUCUUCUUCUGAAAAAAGCAUCACUGUAAGGAGUUCAGAUUCAGAGGGAGCAUUUGAGACACCAGAAUCAACUACACCUGUGAAAGCACCACCCUCUCCACAACCAGAUCUACAUCUACAAAUACAACCUGAAACCACUGAACUUUCCUCUGAUAUCACAUGCCCAUCCAAUGAACCUCAAAUUAAUGCUGACUCUGAAGUCUCCUUUAGCCCUUAUCAGUCUUCCAGCAUAGUCUUUGACGAAGAUAAGCCAAUAGCGAGCAGUGGCACAUAUAACUUAGACUUUGUAAAUAAUGAUGUUAUUGAUCCUUGCCAAUCGGAGCUCAAUUCCCUAGAGAAAUUAGGUUUAGAGCACAAGCAGCCCACUAGAAGGAGGUCCACUGAUUCAGUUCCUGUCUCAAAAUCAACACUGACACGUUCUCUUAGCCUUCAAGCUGGGGAACUUGAUGAUUCCACAAAGCAAGACUGUUUUGGUGGAACAGAAGAAUCAUCGUCUGCUGUCAGCUUCAGCAUAGGAACUGAAAGUGAUCAUGGUACUUUAAAAAGGACAAGAAAACCAAAACCUGGCUCUUUAAAAAGGAAGCCCAAACUCAAGGUAGACAGUCUAUCCGAUGUUAGACCAGAAGAGAAAAUCUCCCAAUCUAGUCCAGACUUAUCCUCAAAGAAAAAAAUCCCAACCAAAACAAGCACAGAAGGAGAGGCGGAAAAUAAUCAAGAGGGAUCAAGAGCUGAGGGUGCGUUACAGGCCUGUGUUCUAAAGGACCUUCAUCAUAAAGGCGAAGAAGAAGCCCAGAAAGAUGAGAUAUUAUUUAAAGCUGAAUCAGAAUCCUCUGUUAGAAACCGACAACAAAAAUUAGAUGUCACUUGUAUAGUUCAGUCAGAAAGCCCAGUGGCUGGAUUCAGUGUAAAUGUACUGGACACAGAAGUUAAGGGAGGUAACAAGACUAGUAACAUAGCUGAUGAACAAACCUCCCAAGAAGCCACUAUUACAAAUACCACUGAGGUGAGGGAAGAUGGAAACUCCAAUUUUGCUAAAUCUUCAUAUGACUGGGAUCCUGAUAACUAUGAAAGUAUAAACCCAUUUUGUACUGGAAAGAGUAAGCUCUCCAACUCCCCAGUAGCUGUACGGAAGUGUGUUGUUUUUAACACUGUGCCUGAAUCUCCUGAGGAAGCACCAGAAUCAAGCCAGAACGAUACCCCUUUAAACAAGCGGCAAUCAAUACGGCUGGAAUUUGAUUACUCAGAAGAAACACUUAAUUGUGAGGGCAUACAGGAAAACGUAGUAACACCCAAAAAACUGAUAAAGAAACCAGGAGGAAAGAUGCCACCUAAAAAACUUAAAUCUGGAAGUAAGAAGCCCUCAGCAAUUGAGAGGUUGGACAGCACUUCUUCAGAACAGUCUGCAAACUUUGAUGAGAUGCCUCUUCCUAGGUUCUCUUACGACUUUGAUCCUAAUAAGUGGGAUGAUCCCAAUUUUAAUCCAUUUUCUUCUGGUAACAAAAUGACAAAUUCACCAAAAUUCUCUAAUAAGACUUAUAGUUUUGAAUCUGAGAGUUAUGAUGACUCUUUUUCCUUGUCGAUCAAAACUGGAAACUCGACAAACACCUCGUUUGAAGUGCCCUCUAAUGACAAUGAACUAGAUGGACUGGAUGAUACUAAUAAAAAUAAAAGCACAAAAAAGAAGAAAGCACCUUUAAAGACUAACACAUUCAGAGUCAAGAAGUCACCAAAGAGAUCUGCAGUACUUGACCAGUCUUCCCAGGAGUCCACACCUCUCCCUACUCCUGAGACCCCUCCUGUCAUAAGUGGCGAAGAACAUGCUACUGAUGAAGAAAAGCUUGCGUCUUCAGUCACAAACCAGAAAUGCACUUAUUCACAUGAAUAUGGAUCAGAUAAUGAAGAUUAUCCUCAAACUCCUGAUCUUUCCGCUUUUGUAAACAAAAUGAAUCUGAAUUCUCCUUCAGAAGUGCAAAGUUAUAAUCCCUACUAUGAAAUCAAGCAUAUGGAGGAACCCGGUUCACCUUUAUCAGAAGAUCUAUUGUCAGCCCAGAAGCAAGCAUUGUACCUGAACCUUCAUCCUAAAGAUAGUCCUUCUAAAGCUUCACCAGUAAUGACAUAUGACCCACCUUCAAUAUGCUCAGGUGUUGAAAACGAAGAAGCCCUCGAUGCUUUUGAAACCAAAUCUUCUUAUGCAGAAGAACAUUUACUAUCUAGCUUUGAGCUAUCAAAACAGAACGAGAACAGUCUCUCAAGUCCUUUGUCAGAAAGUGGCAAAACUGAUCUGGUUCUGCUUGGAGAGGCCACAGACCUGAAUGAUGACUUGAUGAACAGAAUGUCACAGAAAAGAGAAGAUAGUGGAGAGCUUGUAUACUUAGAGCCAGACUUGGAUCAAACCAGUCCAUCCCCAUUUAUUCAUAAAUUGCAGCAAAUGGACACCUCAAUGGCAGAUGACAUUUUGUUUACAAAACUAAUGCUAUAUCCUUCAAGUGAAAAGGAGGAAACAAAAAGUGAAGAGCAAGAAGACCUGAACUCUGCCCUGGAAAUUGCAAGAAAGAAGAUUGUGGCCAAAGAAAGAGAGGUAAUAGAAUGGCAAAGAAAAUACGAAGAGAGUAGAACUGAAGUUGAUGAAAUGAGAAAAAUAGUGGCUGAGUAUGAGAAAACCAUUGCACAAAUGAUAGAAAAUGAGCAGCAAGAAAAAUCAUUUUCUCAUCACACCAUCCAACAGUUAAUUUUGGAAAAAGAGCAAGCCUUGUCAGAUCUUAACUCUGUGGAGAAGUCUCUUGCUGAACUUUUUAGAAGAUAUGAAAAGAUGAAACAAGUUUUAGACGACUUUCGAAAGAAUGAAGAUAUAUUGAAGAAAUGUGCACAAGAGUAUCUUACACGAGUUAAGAAAGAAGAACAGAGAUAUCAUGCUCUCAAAAUACAUGCAGAAGAAAAAUUGGAGAAAGCCAAUGCCGAAAUUGCCCAAGUUCGUGCCAAAAGCAAGCAGGAACAAGCCGCCUACCAGGCCAGUCUGAGGAAGGAGCAGAUGCGAGUUGACUCUCUAGAACGAACACUGGAGCAAAAGAAUAAGGAGAUAGAAGAGCUGACAAAAAUUUGUGAUGAAUUGAUUUCCAAAAUGGGAAAAAACUAACGCCUGAACUGUGUACACCCCAAGCCUGAUUUUUAUUUUUUAAUACUUUACAGUGAACAAUAGCACCUUUACGCUCUGCCAACAAUUCAUCUUCUUCUUCUUCUUCUUCUUCCGAGUGACUGGAAGAGCAUCCACUUGUGUGUUAUGCACUGGCUGUUUUUUGUUGCAAGACUGUACUGUGUAGCAUUCACUGAAAAGACUUCAAUAAAGCUUUUUUUAAUUAAGCCAUAAGGCAAAAAUAUAUUAUUUUAUAUAUACAUAUAUAUAUUUUCCUGUUUUUGGUUGUAGAUUUUCUAGAAAAAAAAAUAGAAUUCUGUGUUACAUAAAGAUACUAAAUUAAAUCAUCCCAGAAUGUUAUCUUCUGCUUGGGUACUGAUGUUCUUUUUGAAACGUUAGUAAUAAAACUGAUGCCAAACUGUCAAAAGUUAAGAUAUAGAAACACACAGCGUGCACAUUUACUCUCUGUUUUUACAUCCAAUGAAAUUGUAUUUAUUUUUAGCUGACUGUUACUGAACACUCCAAUCUUGUGUUAACCCGGUGCACUUAAAAAUAAAAAUGGUAAAGGCAUGCCUCAGUGAAACAAAAAAAAAAAUUAAUGAAAGUAACUGCAGAGAAAAACAACAAAACUAUCAUUUUGGUAAUGUGUGUAAUGAAACAAAUGCUCAUGUAAUUUGUAGAUAAAAAAACUUGCCGACUUCCUUUAUACACCCUUUUUUAAAAUAAAUUAUGAGCUAUUUUAAGAUCCUGUAUAGAUGUGCAGCUGUUCAUUGUGGUUUGCAUUCAAUGUGCAGAUAUUUAAAACUGAAUUAAAUUAAAUUUGUACCAAAAGCAAUACAA